CCUUUCUCUAUGCGAGCGCGUGUGGAUGCAGAACUAGAUGCCAUGCUUCAGGCCGGCGUUGUGGAACCGGUGGACCACUCCGACUGGGCUACUCCGCUGGUCAUUGCUUCCAAAGCAGACGGGGGAAUUCGUAUUUGUGCCGACUACAAGGUGACACUCAAUCGAGCCUUAAUGAUUGAUAGGUAUCCGGUUCCGAGGAUUGAUGAAUUGUUUAGCGACCUCAGUGGAAAUAAAUACUUCACAAAAAUUGAUUUAUCACAGGCUUAUAAUCAACUUGAACUAGAUUCAGAAUCAAAAGCGUACACUGUAAUCAAUACACAUAAGGGGCUUUUUAAAUAUAAUCGCUUAGUAUAUGGCUUAGCUUCAAGUCCAGGAAUAUUUCAAAAAUUUAUGGCAAAUUUGUUCAAAGAUAUUCCAGAUGUGAUUACGUUCUACGAUGAUAUAUUGCUAAAAAGUAGGGAUUUUAAAAGUCAUUUGGAAACAAUAGAGAAAGUCUUUAGUAUUUUGCAAAACAACGGGUUAAAAAUUAAGAAAAACAAAUGUAAUUUUUUGGCUUCCGAAGUUAAGUACUUAGGAUACAUUAUAGAUAAAGAUGGUAUAAGAGUGGACCCAGACAAAGUAAAAGCAAUUGUAGGUAUGGUUUAUCCAAAGAACGUAUCUGAGUUAAAAUCGUUUUUAGGAAUGGUUAAUUUCUAUGGAAAAUUCAUAAAAAAUUUGAGCACUCAUCUGGCUCCUUUAUAUGAGCUAUUAAAGGCAGGUAAACAGUUUAUUUGGUCUAAGGAGAGUAGUUUAGCAUUUAACAAAGUAAAGAAAUUGUUAUGUAGUGCAGAAGUUCUAGUGCAUUUUGAUAUAUCUGCAGAGUCCAUAGUGACCUGUGACGCAAGUUCGUAUGGCGUGGGCUGUGUGUUAGCGUCGCGCGCACCUAACGGUUCGGAGCGGGUCGUGGCCUAUGCCUCGCGCUCACUCACUUCUGCGGAGAGACACUACAGCCAAAUACAUAAGGAAGCCCUCGCUAUUAUAUUUGCUGUUGAUAAAUUCCAUCAAUACUUGUAUGGUCGGAAGUUUACAUUAAAAACAGAUCAUAAACCACUAGUAAGCAUUUUCGGUCCGAAUUCAGCAGUACCUUGUACAGCAGCGAGUAGGUUGCAAAGAUGGGCUAUCAAGUUAUCAGCAUAUGAUUUUAAUAUUGAGCAUAUUUUCUCAGCCCCGUAUCAUCCGGCUUCAAAUGGAGCAGCGGAAAACGCAGUUAAGAUAUGUAAGAGAGUCAUAAAAAAAGCGGUUAAUCAAAAACUAGACCCGGACAUAGCACUUUCUCGAUUUUUAUUAGCUUAUAGAAAUACGGAGCAUUACACUACAGGAGAGAGUCCUGCUAAAAUUCUGUUGGGCAGGGAUUUACGUAUGCGUUUAGAUGCCUUAAAGCCUUCACGCGAGACGAGAGUUCAAUCGCACCAAGCUCGCAGUGAGGAGUUUGCGGGGGGAGCGCGGCGUCAACUUACACCCGGUGACCCGGUGUGGUACCGCGACUACCGCUCUCGGGACAAGUGGCUAGCAGGCCAGCUGACGGAUAGGUUAGGAACCACUGACUACAAAGUUAAAUCUGUUCUCGGAACCGAAGUACAAAGACAUAUCGAUCAAUUAAGGUUUAGAAAGGUCAAAGUAGUUGAUAGUAAUACAGGGGACAUAAAUCGUCAACCUUCACAUGUUAAUCCAAAACCUAAGUCCCGAAGUUCAUUAGCUUUUCCAACCUCAGAGAGCCCAGAACGAGACCCCGAUUCUAUGACAGCGUCGUCUGCCACAGCUGAUAUGUUGACGUCACCUAGAACGGUUCGUAAUCAAAGAGCAUCCCACAAUGAAAUGAGCAGCCCAGAUGGCAAUACGUCACGUCAGGAAGCUAUCACCGCCGUCACCGUGCCAGCAGUGUCCACGCCCGGGGGACCGAUUCAAGAUAAUGUAGUCUACAGGGAGUUAACGUCUGAUCAGCAAACAGACAGAAUUAGUAGGAUUCGUAGACCCCCUCGUAGAUACGGCUUCGAAGAUGUUUUUUUUUUCAGGUAGCAUAUAAGCAUCUUAGAUUAUUUUUUUUUAAAAUUAAACUUAUUUUUUUUUUAUCUUUUCACAUGUAUGUCAAUGUAAAUUGUUAUAUUCUUGUAACAAGUAUAGAUUUAGACCGUUGUAGUAGUAGGUAAAUCUUUAAAAUAGAUUGCAGCUGUUUAUUUUUAAGUUUUAAUUUCGGUAAAUAGGGAGAGAGGUAGGUAGGUAUUGAGGUAGCUUACAUAGAAAUAUACUUAUUGUUUUUUUUUGUUAUUUACUGUUUUCCUUAUUAUGUAUUUCCAUCAUUGAGUUAUUAAAUUACUAUUGUUAUUAAGACAGCAACCUAUCUACUUGUGAAUUUACCUAGGUAUUUGAUAUAUCUUAAAAAUCUUUAGAACACAGAGUUUAUUAACUAAUUAAUUAGCUAUGUAAGAGAGCUUAGCAUUUAAGGGGGAAGGUGUUAGAUAUUUGGCAGACUAAGUGGGCAACACUGAGCGCCAGUCUUGAAUAAACGUUUUGCAGAGUG